CCCUGGAAACAGCAGGAGCCGGUCAUGAGUACAUCUGUGCACUUUGUGACACAAAUGGAGUUACUCUGGGAUACAUCUAAUUCUAAAAAUCCUUAUUUUUGGAUGCAAAUGGAAAUAAAUGAUACUUUUGCAGCACGGAAUCUGUGUUCCUGAUCUUAAACUGAACAGGUGCGCAAAAAUUAAGCUUAUCAUCGUGCCUUUUCACGUAGAGAGAAGGAAACUUCGAGUUUGGAGAAAUAUGGAUAAACACUGGAUUUAUGCAACUUAAAUCGAAACAUAACGCCGAUUCUGCCAGCACUUAAAAUACACGUGAUAAAAAAAAAUAAUAGCUAAUUAUAAAUAAUAACUUAAUAAAAAUAAUAAUAAUAACUUGUGAGGAGAACAUAUCGCCUCGAAUUGCCUACAACCACCAGCCCCAGAUGUAGUAGCCUAUGACACCACAACAGAAAACACAGAAACCAUGAAAAAAACUGAAUUCUACGGAAACUGUCGCGUGGAAUAGAGCUGGAAAAAAUAGAAAUGCUUUGAAACUAAUUGGCUGUAUGAUGGAGCGCUUUGAGAAUCAGUUCCUGCGGAUUACUCUUCUCUGCACUAUCCUAUGUGAGUCAAUUUCUUGUUGUGAGAAGAUUGACUCACACGCUGAAGAUGAACUCUUCAAAAAGCUCUUUGACGGCUACAACAAGUGGUCAAGGCCUGUACCAAACACCUCUGAUGUUGUCAUCGUCAAGUUCGGUUUAUCUAUCGCCCAGCUGAUUGAUGUGGACGAGAAGAAUCAGAUGAUGACAACAAAUGUCUGGCUAAAGCAGGAGUGGAAUGACUAUAAACUACGCUGGAAGCCUUCAGACUACGACAAUGUGACUUCUAUCAGGGUUCCGUCUGAACUUAUCUGGGUCCCGGAUAUAGUCUUGUACAACAAUGCAGAUGGGGAGUUUGCGGUGACCCACAUGACCAAAGCCCACCUCUUCCACACAGGUAAAGUGCGCUGGGUUCCACCUGCCAUCUACAAGAGCUCAUGCAGCAUCGAUGUCACCUUCUUCCCCUUUGACCAGCAGAACUGCAAGAUGAAAUUCGGCUCGUGGACUUAUGACAAAGCCAAGAUCGACCUGGAGCGCAUCGAGAACACGGUGGACUUGAAAGAUUACUGGGAGAGUGGUGAGUGGGCCAUCAUCAAUGCUGUUGGCACCUACAACACCAAGAAGUACGACUGCUGCCAUGAGAUCUACCCAGACAUCACCUACUUUUUCAUCAUUCGCCGUCUUCCGCUCUUCUACACCAUCAACCUCAUCAUCCCCUGCCUGCUCAUCUCCUGCCUAACCGUGCUGGUUUUCUACCUCCCGUCAGACUGCGGUGAGAAGAUCACAUUGUGUAUCUCAGUCCUCCUCUCCCUCACUGUCUUCCUGCUGCUUAUCACAGAAAUCAUCCCGUCCACCUCGCUCGUGAUCCCGCUCAUUGGCGAAUAUCUGCUCUUCACUAUGAUCUUCGUCACCCUGUCCAUUGUUAUCACGGUCUUUGUGCUUAACGUCCAUCACCGAUCGCCCAGCACUCAUAAGAUGCCCCGCUGGGUUCACUCAGUCUUCUUGGAUUUGAUCCCACGGUGGCUGUUUAUGCGCAGACCUGCACCGGACAGCCGUCGCAGGCAGAAACUCCUCCUCCUGCAGCGGCAGGGCCAAGGAAUGACGUCACGGGUGCUUGGACCGGCAAACACAAGCCUCAGUACCUCUACUAGCUGGUUCAGAGGGGAGAACUCUGGGGAGGAGUCCCGCAGGCGCUUCUGUUAUAAGGACUUAGAACUGGGGACACUGUCCUCUGCGAUCUCCCUUUCACUCCAAACUGCUUCGCCCUGCCCUCUUGGCUCAACUCCACCUCCUCUACAGAAAUUCAGUCCCUCCCCUAGACUGGAGAUGGGCACAGCUUCCAGGCAGCCCUGUGGAAGAGCUAAUGUCACAAAGAGGCCUGACAACCUAAUACCAGACAAGCCAGGGUUUCCGCUCUCCCCCAGUGUCCUGCAAGCUCUGGAGGGGGUUCACUAUAUAGCAGACCACCUGAGAGCAGAAGAUGCUGACUUUAGUGUAAAAGAGGACUGGAAGUAUGUUGCUAUGGUAAUAGACAGAAUCUUCCUAUGGAUGUUCAUCAUAGUAUGUUUGCUGGGAACAAUCGGGCUCUUUCUCCCACCCUGGCUCGCAGGCAUGAUCUAGAAAACACGCCAGUGAGUACAUUAUAUGAACAACAAGGACUUCUAAAUUAUGGGCUUCCACAGGAAGAACCAGCAUGGGGGCACAAAGCCCCUCCUAGCAGGGAUAUUUCCCCUGCAUGGGGUAAGAAGAUGCAUGUUUGACAUCAGGAAUGUGGCACCAAAUGCCUGAUAUUUUUUUUAGGACAGAAAUUGAGAGGAGAGAAGCUUGUAUAUGAAAACGCUUGUAUUUGAAUGUACUGUAUAACCUUGAAUAUUAUUGUCCAAAUUAAAAGUGCCAACUGGAUAA